CUAAAUCUACAUAAAUCCCAUAAUCUAUUUGACACGAAAAACAUAAAAGGAAGCGGAUCUUCGGAAUUCCAAUGCGAUUAAAUUAAAGAGACAAGAACUCCGCUAAAUCUACAAAAACUUGAAAAUUGAAAAAGUUGUCUUUCCAUGAUUUCCUUGUUGCAUCAAAAAUAACACGACGCGGUCGCGCCAGCAAGAACGCAAGGACCGUGUUGUUUGUGCAUACACGGUUCACGUCUAGUACUUUUAUUUCCUUCGCGCGUACAAGAGCAAGGACAUCAGGGACCAAAAAAAAAAUCAACGCUGAGCCGGAUGGUCGUUGCGGAGCAGCAACCAGGAGCGCCGCGGGGGGAGUACGCAUUAGAGGGGGAUGACAUGCUGGAGGACGUCGUGGCGCAGCAGCAGCAGCUCUCGACCGCCGACGAGAAGCGGUUGGCCAUGCAGCAACAGACGACACUGCGGACGCAAGAAUUCUUUCUCGGGCGCGAGAACGACGCGUUUGUUCACCCUGGGUCGGAGGAGCUGCAGACCCAGGAGUUCUUCGAUGGCUUUCAACUCGCGUCGGACGGGGUGACGCAAGAGCCGUUCGAGCGCAACGUGCAGUUGUGGCCAGAAGGCAUUGCGUACGCGGCGCAGGAACGGAAAAAGUGCCUGCCCCCAGCGCCGCCGGACCCCUCGUGGAUGCGGGUGAUCCGGAAAAACAUUCGCAAGCGGGCCGCCUGGCUGAUCCUCUCGUUUUUCAUCGCCCAGGUCUUUCUGUUUUGUUUCCUGUUCCCUUUCGCACGCAAGGGGUACGCCUUGUACGUGUCCUUCGAAACGACGGCCGGGCUGAUCCCACUGGUGGCGGCUUAUUCUUGGUUUUUCUACCUGCUGCUCACCAUUCAGUUGAUCGACUACACCGAUUACGACCUCCACCUGAUGGGCUACGACGUCACUAGCAUUGAGGGCCGUGCUACGCUCCGGGCGUAUCGGGACCCGAAGCGGUUCGCGCCGCCGAAGUUUGUGCCGUUUGUUCGCCCCGAGCCGGUGCGCAGUGUUUCCAGCGUGUUUCGGUCUUUCGACCGCGUGUUUGACAACUACCAGUUCCGCCCCGCCCCGCCUCCUGGGGAAGAGCCACCGGUGUCCUCGGAGUAUGUGAUGCCUUCCGGCUACAUUCCCUCCUAUCAUUACCCCUGGUCUCGCGAGGAACACGAGCUGAAGAAGCAACAGCGUCGACAAGAACGACUAGCGCGGAAUGAGAAAACGGGCGAGGCCUUGGUGGAUGCCGACGGUAAUGCCCUGGCUCAGGAAGACGACGGACGAAUGGCCUCGGUGAUCCCGACCGGGAAGCCACUGGUGGUGUCUGCGGAUCUGAGUCCGACGGGGCGCACUGCGAUUGUGGAUCCGGACUCUCGGGGCACAGCUCCGAGAAGUUUGCUUUCCGAGCAAGGCGCAGGAGCUCCCGCCGCCAAUGAUCGCGCGAGUGCCGCCGAACGCAGUGCAGUGUCGGGCAGCUCGCGCCGCUCAUCAGCAGGGAAUGAUUUCUACAGUGCGAUGGCGGGUGCCGCUGCACUGGACGGCGACAUUGCCGAGCAGCAAGGUCAGACUCCGGCGUGUGCUGGGUGCUGCAGGCCCCCCUCGCCCCCAAAAUCCUACAACGAGCGCCCCAUGCUGGUCGGGAAGGCUAUCCGGGGGUCAGCGGCGCAGAUGGUGGCGCUCGGGUCGCAAACCAGCGACGGAGGCACAGUGUUGGCCUACCGGGGCGCGCCUAUCAGCCGCGAAGGCCGGGCUGCCCCCGGAUCCGGCACUUCGGCUUCUCCCGUUGGCGAACAGCAACAAACGCGGGGACACGUCGGAGCCCUCUCGACCGUUGCAGGCCCGCAAAGUGGAACAACUACAAGCACGAAUUCUACUAUUACGAAGACCCAAGAAGACGAGCUGCUUAUCGAGUAUCCCGCGGCCAAGGAAGGAUUUAUCAUCAUCGGGGGAAAGUACGAUUUGCUGGCGCGCGACCGUUGCUGCAUUAUUCGGAACGGGUGCCCCAUCUGCACGAUUUGGGAUGCGAUUGGUUGGGCCAUGCCCAAAACCUGUUUGUUUUUGACAACCGGGUGGUGGGGUUUUUUGAUCUUGUUCUCUCUUCUGUGGGCCCUGAUUUGGUAUGCGAGCAUCACCGGAGUGCGCCAUAGCAGUUUGGUGGAGUUGCAGCAGGCAGAAACUGUGCACGCGCAGACGUACUUGCUGAACAACGAAAUAUUGUCCGACCGCGGCCUCGUCGUCUCCAAGCGACGAAUGCCGCGCAAGUACAUCGUCUAUGCCGAUGACCCGGAACUCAAUCUGAGCGUGCACAAUCCGGGGUCCAUGGGUCCUGAAAAUAGCUUCGUCCAAACCUCAUUUUCACGCGAGGCCGAAGCUGCUGAUCUGGUUGAGCCUUCUCACCAGUAUCGAGAGCAAGCCAGUGACCUUCCCGACUGCUGGUAGCCGUGGGUAGGAAAAAAGUAAUAUACUUGUCGCGCGGAUAAUUCUCCUAUACAGCUUUUUUUGUGAUGCAAGGAAGGGGCACAGUGAAACUGUUUAAUUAUCUGAUCAAUCUAAUCACCCCGGGCGACCCAUGAAGUUGAAUCAGUGGUACUUGACGUGUUCAUUUUCGCAUGGCAAAACACAAAGAUCAGUAUAAACCAAAUGUAGAAAAUUCUCAGGGCAGACUGCGAUGUUUCUUGUGGCUAGCAGCAUUCUGUAAAGUCACCCACUUCGCCACCAUAAGUCACUCAGCACGACGUCCGCGGAUUUGCAGCCUCAAGAGACGACCGAGCCUGGCGCCGCGGUUUGGACUUCUGCGUCAACGUGGGCUGCUUCCUUCACGCAGCAACAGCAGGAACACGGGCAAACCAAAAUCGCAACAAGAGAAAGCGCGUCUGCUUCCCCGUUAGCGCCAGGGUGGAUUGCGCAGUAUUCCGACUCGGCCGCGAGCCCCAGGUACCAGGCGCUCACCGCAGCGUGGCUGCAGUGGGUGCAUCAGCACAUGAAUUGGGUGCCCCGGAAAAUCUGGGUGUACGUGGAGCACCUUCCGCCGAACCCGUUGCAGGUCGCGAGUAUCCGGAAGCUCCAGUACUUGCACCCGGAAGAUGAGGGCUGGAAGGUGAACGUGUUGGAUCCCACCCGCUUGCCGGCUUUGCUGGACCCGUCAGAGUACAGCGUGUGGCGCGCCCCCUCGACGCCCGCCGGCUCCGUUCCGGCGGCCGUCGCGAAGCAGCGUGCGCCCCGCGUCAAGGAGCGUGUCCGUUUCGCGGUCGUCGAGCGCUACGGAGGAAUUUUUGUGGACCUCGAGGCCAUCUGGCGACAAGACUUCUCGAUGGUCGUUCCGAACCUGGCCCCCGCGAAUUUGGAGUCCCUCUCGAUGACUGUUGCGGGCAACACCGCAGAAAACCUUCCUGCUACCCUGAGCCGGGGUGGUCUCGUGUCGUCGCAACUUUUCCUGCAGGAGGAUUUGGGGGGCGCUGCGGGGGCCACCAACGCGACCACCGAGCCGUUGCUGCCGGCGCAAGCAUCGGGAAAAUCUCUCUGCACUGUGUUUACGGAGCCGGGCGACACGCGGAUUGAGUUCCGGGCGCCGGCCAGCGUGAAGCGGCACCCUCUCUUAUCGGCUUGCACAGCGGUUCGUCCUCUCUUUUCAUAAUGAAUGUUCAUUGAAUAAGUAGAACUAGAAAGCACGACGUACUGGGCCAGGAGGUCUUUGUUCUUUCAACAUCAAUAUCAUCAGUGCCAUUCUUUCUACGCGAGCACGCUCCGGCCGUGCCAGAAAAAAAAAGCUACAGAGCACGACUUUAAAGCACCAGCAUGAUAGAGCAGCUUCCUGAGGGGCCGCGGAAGCAGAAGCGCGACUUGUAGUUACUGUUAGAAAUAAUGGCACCCGAUUAUAUUUUUACAGAUCAGGCACGAGCAUAAGUGGCCUUCGGCUCCUAUUAAAAUGCAAAUGCACGACGUCCAGCCCUCAGAGAGCGAGGACUUGUGCACUCUCAUACCUGUCUUGGUUCCAGGCAUGCCCUCCGCAGAACCUCUUCGCCGCGCUGGUCAGCCACGAACUCGAGGUAUGCAGAGCGAGGAAGGGAACUUUUCAAAAUGAAACAAAUCUGUUGAAGACGAUGAAAAUGAGCAUAUUUUUAUUUAUCAACAGCCAUCGACGCGUGGUCCAGUAAUACAACAUUUGCGUGUAGUUUGAUUUGAAGCGUGUCUUUCUUGCAUGUCCCGACACAUACCGAGAUGUGUGUCACAUGCAAGACUACAGAUGCGUGUCUGCGCCAGGAGAUCAUCUCCUGGCACAGACACUCCGAAGGAAAAGGCUCGCUUGCGAGUGUGAAGACGCGCCUCAUUUGCAUGUUGUGUAGUUGGCCCCUUUUUAUCAUAGAAUUAAAAACAGUGCGAGCUGCUUCACAUGUGCUGCACUACUAUAGAUCAUUCGGAAGCAGGUUUACAGAUUUGUUUGGUGCUUUUGAGUGGUUCCAGAGGCGUUCUUGCCAUAGCACGCGGCGUACGUGAAUCGAACCUUGACCGAAGAGGACACGGGGUACGUGGCGAAUCGCUUGCAGCUGGAAGGGGUUCCUACCCCUGGUUCGCGCUGCAGCUUCCGGACAAAGUACCACUUCGCCGCGACGGCGGUGCAGUUUUCGUUCUCGAUAUCCAAGAAAAAAACUGUGUUAGUGUAACUUUCUUUGUCCUACAGCAUCAGAAGUUUGCUCUACAUGACAGAGAAAACCUGUCAUGCAUGGCACACAUAAUGAAAAGAGACCUCGUGGCUUUCUGGCAUGACAGACGUAACUCUGUCGCAUGUUCUGCAUUACAGAGUCACUUACACAGUUUUUUUCCUGGAUACUCGAUGCGGCAGAGCUUCGACCAAGAGCUCUUUCAGAUGCGGGCCUGGCGCGAGAACCCGUACGACGAGCGGGGCGUGCACACGAAACUCGCGGCCACGGGGCAGACAACUUGGUGGUACAACCUUUGGAUGUUCCUGCUACCGGCGUUUCGGCUCGUUGCCACCUUCCCGGACGCGCUGGCGUAUGUCCAAGGCGACCGCUUCUUCUUUCCGCAGGAGGUAGACAUGUCCGCUGGACCACGCGGCGUCCUUCGUGCGCGCGUCGACGCGGACAAGUUUAUCAACACGAUGGAUAGCGACGGCUUCGCGCGAACUGAUCUACUCAACUACCUGCGGGAUGACCAUCCGAUCGAACGGUGGGCUAAGGUGGCCCUGGAAAAGCGGAUUGAGGCGAACGACGAGGAAGAUCCAGCCCGCCAAGAGGACUUGCGCAAGGAUGCGAAGAAGCUUUCGAGAAGGAGCAGCUUUCCAGUGCUAUGGCGUUCUCAAGCGUUACAUUCAGUGCUGUUUUAAUACGUGAUUUGUCAUGCAGAAGCACUACUCAUCUAUGUCUAUCUAUCAUCCCUUGUUCCCUCGUCCCGAGACGCGAUUAAUUGGCUUCGCGUGACAGGUCCUCAACGCGCCAACUGCCAAAGAACCUCUGAUGGUGAUGCUACUUAAUGCCAGAUGCGCAUGCGAAGCUGUCGUCCCUUUUUGCUUUUGUUGCUAGUCUUGCGUCACAAAAUCUUCGUGCGAUAGCAAUCAAUGUAACGCCUGACAGCGCCACAAGGAGCGAACUUCAACUACGAUACCUGGGCAGUUCGACAACAAGAUCACUGUAUCGCAUGAAAAAAGCAGUUCACCGUAAUGAAAUUUUCAUGCUGGCGAGGAUGCAGUGCAGCAGUGUUAGAGUUAGUCACGCCAGUAGAUCAGAUGAUGUAGGACAGCGGUUUUGAUGAAACGUGUUUCCCUUUCUUGCAUGGAAUCACGCGUGAGAACUGUUCUUUUAUUUUUGGUCAUGGAACGAACUUACGCUUGUGAUGCAAACCGAAAGCUGCCUUGCUUAAUCGUUACACAGAAGCACUUUUUUCGUACGAUGCACUGGCUCCGCCCACGGAUCUACUUGCAGCCCCGCUAGGGUGUCCGGCGCGCCUUGAAGCGGAGGAGACAACAAAAAAAGCGCUUCAUCUGUUAACUGGCGCAAGCGAUGCAUUAAUUUUUUCUUUUGUUGUUGUAUGAGUUUGAGUAUGUAGCGAUAAGCAUGCAUGUUGAGGCUUCAUUAUCGUUCUUCAUCAUAUUGCUGGAACCUCUUGCCAAAUUGGCAGCUGUAUCUCAUGUAUGAGCUGCAGAUAGCAACGUGAUCAGUUUACUAGGGCAUGCGAAUCCUUCAGGAGCUACAGCUUUAUCAUUCUAUUUGAGUUUGACAUGUUCUCAUUAGAAGCACUAGAAAUCACAAUUGCAGGAUCAAUGUCUAGCAUAUCAGUUUUUCCAUAGGUUUAGCUUUAGUUACACUACGACAAUUUUCAUGAUUUUUUUUACCGGAGCCAGCACGAGAAAAAGGGCUCGCGUUUCCAUUGUUUGUGCACGUUUCCGUUUCUGUUGGCGAAGUUCUUGAUGUGGAAUCACAUAGAUUCUCCGUCAUACUCCAGAUGAUUUUUUGUAACUUUACAACUUUUCACUUCACCAUUUUUGAUGUUAUCCUUUUGUACAUAUACAUUACAAUUCCAUAUUGAAGAAGCUAGUGACUCACUGUAAGUAGGAGCAAGAGAUCGUCCGAUAGUUUUUACUGCCCAAGUUCACUUUUACCAGCCGGCGGUCGGUCCAACAUGACCCUGUCCGCAUGUACUACGACGCGACCGACUCCAAGAGCAGCUGGAGCUUGCAACUCUCUUCAUCCAAGUGCAAGUCCAACGCAACAUUGAAGUAGUCGUAAUCCGUCAGGAUUAGUUUUGUGAUUUUUGUCUAAUGCUGUCACGACACUGGCAGUCGUCCCCGAAGCCGAAGAGAGGAUGAUGAAAGCGACAUGCACAUCAAUCAGACGCGAAAGUUGAAGCAGACGCAAGGGCGUGGGGUCUAGUCUACAUCCAAUCCCAAUUCUACUGGUGAUUCCACCAAGCACAUAAAAUGCAUCUCAGACCGUGGUCUCCAUGUUCGUGCUUGUCGUGGUCCUCAAUCUACUUCAUCUAAUCAGACAUGUUCUCAGCUAGCGGCUGUGCAUUGCCAGUCUAUGUAUCAUCUUGAAAUAUAAUGAUGGUAGUAGAAGGCGCCCAAGGCCAGGGCUAUCAUGUGAAUGUCGUCGGAACUCGCAUCUUGCGUCACGCACCCACUUCCUGUGUAUCUGGGGAAUAAAGUGCGAGACUUUCUUGUCGGCUGAAACUCACUAGUGCGGCAGACUAGCUCUCUAUCACUAACACUAUCUCAUGCUCGUCAACAGUGCCUGCCGUUGGUGAGUAUCUAUUUGUGUACUUCUUCGAAGAGGAGCUUUAUUGCUGUGUCUAGAUGAAAAAGUUGAAGUUCUUCUUGAAGAAGGUGGAAGCGAUUACGGAGAUCAUCAGGACAGAGGCAGUCGCUCACAUAGAGACACACUUUGAAAGCAAGAGAAAAAACGAAGGAGUAGAGAGGGUGUUGAGACCAUAAUUGCGAAACUGAAGAUACUGAUACAGACUCAGACGGCAGAAAGAGAGUUGGAGUUUGCUUUCCCACCCGUGAGCCGCUGGGCUACACGGACCAACAUCAGACUUUGGGCAGCUAGUUAGUGUUAGCUGGUUUUGCUGCGUGCAGCCUGCCGCUAGAGGAGAAACAUCAGCCACCUGCUGUAGCGAGAUUUCCUUGAUUCUCGGCUAGUAUUGGUUUCACCGACACGGCCCGCGCUGGUCGAGCCUAAGAGUUUUUUUUUUCGUUUCUUUUUUAAUUUCUUUCAUAAUAGCAAGCGGUAGA